CUCAGUUCUCAGACCUCCCUAGGGAUGAAAUUGAGGAAAUUGAUUCCAUUCGGAGAGAACACAUUUUUCUGGAAUCAAAGACCAGCUGAAACCCCAAGAUACACCUUGGAUGCUUUGUCAGAAGCACUAACUUCAGGUAAGACGCUGGCGGACAACCUUGAAGAAGAAACUGUGCAGCGGAUGCGGAAGAUUCUGGAAGACAUCAAUACAAACGUCGAUAAAAAAAUGAUAGAAAUUAUUCCAAUUCUCCAGCAAUACAUGGAUCAUAUAAUGGGGAGCCCAAAGAAACCACAAAAAGAAUCUGCUCGAAAUCAAGACCAAGCUCCAGGUCCAGGUGCAGCUCUUGUUCCCGCUCCAGCCAAGGCUCAAGCUCAAGCUCAAGCACUAAAUCCAGAUCCUCCUGUUCCUCCUACAGAUCUUGCUCCUUCACCAGAUCAUGAUCACACUCCAAUUCAAGAUCAAUAUACAGAUCCUGCGUCUUCUCCAGGUUAUGAUCAUGCUCCAACUUAUGAUCCUCCUACAUAUCCUGCUCCUUCUCCAGAUUGUGAUCAUGCUCCAACUCAUGCUCCUGUUACAGACCCUGCUCCUUCUCCAGAUUUUGAUCAUAUCAAGAUCCACCUACAGACCCUGCUCCUUCUCAAGAUUAUGAUCAUACUCCAACUCAUGAUCCUGCUAUAUAUCCUGGUCCUUCUCUAGGUUAUAAUCAUACUCCAACACAUGAUCUUGCUACAGACCCUGCUUCUUCUCCAGGUUUUGAUCAUCUCCACCUCAUGAUCCUGCUAUAUAUCCUGGUCCUACUCCAGAUUUUGAUCAUGCUCCAACUCAUGCUCCUGCUACAGCUCCUGCUCCUUCUCCAGGUUUGGAUCAUGCUCCAACUCAUGAUCCUGCUACAGAUCCUGCUUCUUCUCCAGGUUUUGAUCAUACUCCACCUCAUGAUCCUGCUAUAUAUCCUGGUCCUUCUCCAGAUUGUGAUCAUGCUCCAACUCAUGCUCCUCCCACAUAUCCUGGUCCUCCAAAUUGUGAUUAUACUCCAACUCAUGAUCCUGCUACAGACCCUGCUCAUGCUCUAAAUCUGCCUCCUGCUGUUCCAACAACAAUUCAUGCCACACAGACAGAGGAACAAACACAAGAACUUCCUCCAGGAUCACCAUCAGAAAAGAAAUCCUCAAAGGACAUUGGGACAAUUCAGACAGUGUAAUUUGGAGGUGUCGUCUCCUUUGGUAACACCUGUGACAGUCUGUAUUAUGUUUGAACUGCCAGUAAUGCCGUCAUGCCCAAUACAUUAGAACCUUUCCAGGCACUCAAGGUGUCCACUGAACCCCUAUCAAUAGAUCCAUUAACAUCAUACAAUUAAAUUGCAGGAGCAGCUUUAAUCAGGUACAAUCAUUUGCACAGUAUUCUAACCCAUAAGCAUUUGAUUAACAAGAAACGUGCCUCGACAUAUUGAUAAAUUUGACGUAUGAUGAAACAUGGAACAAUGUCAUCUUUAGACAUCUGCAUGAAUUUGGUUUGAGAGGCCAUUUGCCUUAUUUCAUAUCACAGUUGUUAACAGACAAUUUCACGUUCGAGUCAGUGGAACUACCCCAAGGAAAGAGUCACACUCAGUGUGUAUGUUGAACUGGAACAUAGCUUGCAUACAUAUCUAAAACUAAUCUACUGCUGCAUGGUGUCAUGCUAAAUGCUUAUGCAGCUUCCAUUAUUUAUAAUUAGAAGCAAAAUCCAAAAUUUCAACAAUAAAACUUGCCAUUUAUCAUGCUUUAUUUUUAGCUGAUUUUGUACUGCAUCCAAAUUUGAUGUGAAUAUUUGCAAAUGAGUGUACUUUGAUUCGUACGUUCUGUGCAAAGUGCCUCACGUUUGAACCCAGUGGACUGUCCAGAGAGACAUUACCACAUGGAGAAGAUAUUGUGCUGUCAGAGCGGGAACCAGUCGUCAUAUAAUCUGUUUGCUGAUGUCCAUGUCUGUUUGGUAAACACUUGGCACCGCCAUUGGGGAUAGGUUAUAGGAAAUGAACUUUGUAUUAAAGAUGACUUUUGUGUCGGACUGUGAGCUGGAAUAUAAAAUGCCCUGGUGCUUUGGACUGCACAGCAAGAUUGGAAAUGUGUGUGUGUACCUGAGUCAAGGUGAUAUUUAGCCAUCUAUACAUUUAUGUUACCAUUUUUUUCUCAUGUUUGUUUGAAAUGUUCUCAUAAUUAUGUGGUAAGUUUGUUCAUUUUGAAAGACUGUCCUGGCCUUGCUCCUUGAGGUCACCGGACUUGCUUUGGGUGUUACGUUAAUGAUAAGAAUGUAAUGUAUUGACUGUAUGCAGUAUUGAAUAUGUUUGUGUGCCUUCGUGUAACAUUCUGCAAAUAUACAUUCCGUAAGCCACCUGCGGCACACUGUCGCAUUUUCGAGUUCAUAUAUCCAUAUGUAAGUAAUAAACGUUGAUGCAGGA